CUUUACAGCUGGUGCAUACAGUGAGAUUGCGUUGUCUGUCUCUUCCCUCCGCCUCUCUUCUCAAUUCUCAUCACUAAUUCAUUAACACAAUUCUCAAAAUUGUUUUUCGGUUUGAUUUAGGAACAACACCAAACACUAAAGUUAAUUGAUCUCAAAAUUAUUCUUCAUUCAAACUCAGAAAUUCGAUUCCAUCCCCAUUUUUUCAUUCUUUCCGGAAAUAAAAAAUUCUUCAAUUUUUCUUUUUGUUUUGGUUGAGUUAUUCUAACAUGGAGUUUUCAAAAUCAGAUCCCAUACCCAUAUCAAUGCCAAUACCAAUCCCGAUUGAUCUAUUUGUGUCCAAGAAACAUGACAAAACCCAUAAAAAUGGAGACUCCUACUUCCUUAAUUCCGAUGAUAAAAUCGUUUACAAGGUCAAUCGUCGUUCCUCUACUGACUCAUCAUCAUCAUCAUCAUCAUCAUCAUCGACCAAGCGAGUUUUGCGUGACGCCGAAGGAACUCCUCUCAUUUCUAUCCACAGUCACCAUAAGGGAUGUUGGCAAUGCUAUAAGGGUGAUGGUGAGUCUAAAGAUUUCUUGUUCAGGGUACUGAGGACCAAAAAUACUCUCACUAGAACUGAGUUGGAGGUAUUUCUUGUGGCUGAAGAUCUCCCAGAUUCACCUCCUGAUCUCAAGGUCAAAGGUUUCCCUUUUCAAAAAUCCUGCACCAUUUAUAAAGGCAAUGACAUUGUAGCUCAGGGUAGGUUCUAGUUCGUUUUUAUUUAUUGUUCAGCUUUUUCACAGCGUGGCUGAGCUGGUUUAUUUGUUGGUUAAGUCAGUUAUUCUGAAGUGUUGGGUACAAAAAGUUAAUCUAGCUUUUUCUAAUUUAUUGAUUACUAUUAAUAAUAGUUAUCUUCGAUUUGUUAUUGUACUUUGGAAUAUAAUUGCAAAAAGUAUACUAAUUAUAAGAUUUACUCAUUUUUGAUGUGCCUAAUUUAGCAUAGUUUUAUAUCAUUUAUUGAAGAUGGUCUUGUGAAUUGUUCAAACAUCAACAUUGAAUUAUUAUUUCUUCAUUCUGGCUUGGGGACUGUUCUGAAACAGAAUGGUUUUUUAAAUGCAGACUAGCCUCAUGUACAAACUCAACCAGAUUUUUGUUAAGAGGGGUAAAUUUCGAUUGACUAUA